UUUAAAACACCUCUUUCCCCUCAAAAAAGGUAGUCCCUUUUCCUACCCAGUUCUACUGCUGCAUUAACUAAAGCAUCUAAUAAUCAUGUUUUGGUGUAAGAUGACAACCUUUUAAUUUCCAUGUGAGCAACUUACCCUUCAUUCCUUCUCCCUUCCUGUUUUGGUUUCGUUUUUAAUUGGCUUGUGUUUACAUUGAGGGAGAUAAAUUGUUACCUGCUCCUUCUAGCAGAAGUGCCUGUUUCAUUUUCCAGCAGCUCUAAGGAUAUCUUUGAGCUCUUGCAGCAGUGUCUGGUGGAAGCAGUGAAUUCCUCAGGAGAUGUUUGUUAUUUGAUCCUAGCUGCUUCAAGAGCCCAGUGCUGUAUUGAAUGAAGUUUGAAGUAAAACAUGAAGUUUCAAAUCAGACUUGCUGAUUCUGAAGUGCCAUUGCUAUGACUCGUUUUCUUAGUGUUUUCAGCCUGAAAUUGAGGAAACCAAGGAAAGCAGCAGUGAAUGUAUGGUUGGCCUGUCUACUAUAUGAAAAGGAUAGCACAGCCUCAGAGAGAAAUUGCAAUUUAACCUUUGUACAGUCGAGUUUUCUAGUACAUGCCUGCUGCUGGCUGCCCAUGUAACAAAGCAGCUGAGUGUUAUUGCAUGGCCCUGGCUGGGGGCAGAAGCUCCUCUCUGCUUCAGAGUUUGUGGUUGAUUGUGCUUGUCAAGGCCCUGGAAAUUUGAGGUGCUGUAGAGAAUAGCACUGGGUUGGAGUUUGGUGUGCUGGCUUGCUUGGAGCACUGUGUCUGUUGUGUGCAGUUCUCACUUCUUCCCAGACUCAUUGGGGUUUGCUUUCUUGUGGUGGAAGAGCGGUUUCCUGUCAAGACAUCACAUCCUGCCAGAAUGCCUGGGACUCUGAAAGCAGUUUGACACUGUGAUAAGAUGGAUUGAAACUCUUAGCUAAAACAACUGUGAAAUAUUACACUGCUUGAACUGAAAACACCCUUAUAGUAAGGGAUUUGGGGUUUUUUUUCUUCUUUUUCCCCUCCCCUGUUUUUUUCUGUUUUGUUUGUUUGUUUGUUUUCCCUACAUGGACUACUUUUGGGGAGAGCAACUGGACUUGUUUUCAGAGCAGCAAUUCCCCAGGAAAGUUUUGGGAGUGAAAUUCUGCCAGCUAAAGCUGUGAGUUGCAACGCCCCUCCAGGAGUCUCACCUCAGUCUCUCUCUCCUAAGAGGCAGGGGCUGGAGUACUUGCUCAUAGCCAGGUUCUCUCUCUUCAAAAAUCAGGUCAACCUCCAUGGGUUUUUUGUUUCUGAUGGUGUAGGUAAAAUGUCUGGGAAGGCAACAGAGCAAGCUGUGUCCAGGGAGAAUACAGGGUAUAGGCAAGCUGCUCAGGAACUGUGCUGUAUCUGGGUUUGACCAGGUCUUUAUAGCACCCUGGAGGGGAAUAAUUCACACAGGAACCUGAAAAGGGAAAUAACUGACAUUCUACCUGCAGUGUUAACCCAUACAGUACCUGGAUAUUUGUCUGUAUUGAAAGGAUGGGAAUGUUGCUGUUAUUGUCUUACAGUCCCAGUGCCUGGGAGUCUGAUGAUACUGAAAGGAUCAGCUAUUUGAGGAUGUUGUGUAAUGAAGAGUGACCAAGAGCAGAGAGGGUUGGUGUCAUGGCCUCACAUUUUUUGUGUCUAGCCCCAGAGCGUCCAUCUCUGCCUGGGUAUUUUGUACAUGUGGCCCCCAAUCAACUCCCUAGUAAAAAAAAAUCCCUCUGAUUCAGCAAAGAAAAUGACUGCAACAUGUUACACAGUGCAGCAGUGAGGCUUCAAGAAGGAGAUGAGAUAAAAUAAUACCUUAAAAGCUGACCUUGCCGACCCAGUGUUCCCUCCUCAGGCUGCAGAACAUGACAUGGAUGCUGUUGGAGGCUGCUGAGCUGAUUGCUUGGGAGCCUGCAGCUGCCUGGUCAUCUGCAACACAGAUACAGCCUCAGCAGCAGUAAUGCAGCUGUGUCUCUGCCCAGGUUACUUGAAAUGAACAGAGACAAGUCAGUCACCUCAAGAGGCAGGUCAGAAGUGAGUGAAUUUCUCUUCCUGGCUCACCCUAUCUUGUCUCUUCCUUGCCGGUUGUGCUGUGGACCACUGAUUAGUGGUGGGUGAAGCUAUUUGUAGUUGGGGGUGACUUCUCUCCUCCUCCAAACUCUCCUGACUUACAGACUUCCUUUUCCCCCUCCCCAUGACUGCAAUGGCACUGAAUUUGCAAGAGUCUUAAGCCAAAUGUCAUUAGUACAAAUUCCUUUUCAAGUGACUUCAUGCAACUGCAUAAUUUAAUGUCAGUGUCUGGAAACAUUGAGUUGAAGCUUUGUCCUUUUUUUAAGCAUUUUAACCGCUCAGGUUGAUGCUUGGUGUGAUUUUUUUCUGUAUAGAAAAGAUGCAUUGCUGCUGAUGGCUUUUGGUAUAAAGAGACUCCCAUGAGUCCAGGAAUACAAAGGUCCUAAUUCAGCUUGCAGAACUUUGCCUCUGUAGUAUUUGUAUUUUUCUUGAUGGAGUAGCAGGGCAGGAGAGAAGUGUGGAGGGGCUAAUGUUAGAUAGGAGCAAUGAAUUUAGAAGUUCAUGGUUUUGGGAAAUUAGGAAGGAUGUUUGUGUCCUAUGUCCAGAGGUUUAGAGGAAAAAAAAAAAAAAAAAGAGCAACAGCCAAUCAGUUGUUACUGCACCAAUAACAAAAUGGCUUUAUAGUGAGUGUGGCCUUGCAUGCUUUGUUGAGAAUCACUGAUUUUACUCCUAUAGUGUUCAUCACUGCUACAUGUCUGCAUCAAAGGAUUGCUGGGGAAGUCAGAUGUGCCAGUGCCCUCAUAUGCACAGUUGCCUAAACCUGUGGUAGGAUGUAUGGGUUCUUUCAGCUCAUUUACUUGCUAAAUUGAAGCGUGGAUCUGAUCUAAUAGAUUCUAUGUGUCAUGUUCUGAGUGGAAAAGUAUACUCUAAUGUAUUAGAAAAAUUUCCUUGUGUGUGACUGCCACAAGUUCAAUACUUUUUCCAUGCUGCUGUAGAGUUUGAGUUCUGAUUCCUCUUAAAGAAACUGUAUACCCUGUGGUAACUUUAAAACUGCUAUCUACCCUGUCUUAGCACUCAGAGGUAAGAAAAAAUGAAUAAAAGUGGUGGUGGAAUGAGUUCUGAUUUGACUUUGUUCUUGAGAGUUUGGAAAAUGAAAUACAAACAUCCUCUUUCAUGUGGGACACAACUGUUUACAACACAUCCUUUUAUUUCUUGCCUCUUUCCCCUCUGCCAGGUGCAGAAUAUCUUUGCACUCUUUUUGUGUUUCUCCCCUGGGAGCAGAGGGAUUGCUUGGUUUGUGUGGAGUUGGGCCGUUGGGAGUAUGGGAAAGGGAUGCAGUGCAUGGCCCAAAUGUGUUUGAUCCUGUUCUCGAAGGAGAGAAGGUUGGGGAACAUCCCUUCUCCUCCUCUCUCUCCCCCUUCCUCUCUUUUUCCUGUCUCCUUCCAAAAAAGGGACUGGAUGUUAGAUAUUGACCUAUCACAAUGUGGGUCAGUCCACAAAAAAAAAAAAAAAAAAGAGGAGGAUGGGGGGAGGAGGGCUGUGCAAAUACAGUGAGACAACAGAAAUUAAUAGAGCAGAAAAAAACUCUGGAAAGAAGAGUGCAUGGCUCAGGGUAAAAGGGUUUUGUUGUUGAUUCUGAGUUUUUUAAUGGGUGCGUGGGGAGGGGAAGCUUCUCUUAGGAUGGCUAUAGGCACUAUAGGCUAGGAACAUGGGUGGGGGCUGUGUGAGCUGCAAGUGCAGAAGAUUUUUGUGGUAUUCUCAGAUUUUAAUUUCCCUAAAAUGAGAAGCAUAGGGGUGUGACCUUGUUGAAGGUUAAAUUGUUUGUGUGUACAGUGCGGUCUUAUGUGUAUGUGGGCAUGGGAUCAUCUCUUGAGUAUGGCUUAGUGGGUGUGGACCUUGCCAUGUGGUUUGGUCUGCCUUAGGUGCCUGACUCCUCUGCCUUCUUCUUCUGAGCUGAUGGCUCCCUGCUCCACUCUUGCUGCUGGCCCUGCUGGUCUCCUGUCCCAGUGACACUUUCCCCUUGUUUCACUGACUGUACUGACAGCUGUGAAAUUGUGACUGGCGUCUCUUCAGACUGCUCACUCCUCUAAAGAAAUAACACUGAGGAGAGCUGCAUUGGAUCUGCACUUGUGCAGACAAGCACGUUAAGCUGACAGGGGGUGCAGCAGCUGCAGAUGCAAGCACUGCGUGUGUUUGUGAGUCUGGUCUUGGCUCGUGGGCAGCUCUUUAGCAAUCCCAACUGGAACCUCACACCAAAAGGCACCAUGAUUAUGAUGACUGAUGUCACUGCAGCCCCCAGAUUGGGGUCAACUGCCACCACUCCAGCUGUGGCUCCUAACUUCUCCUGGAUGCCAGAGGAUGGCAGCCCCACGGCUGUGGAGCAGCCAAUAUUCCUCAUGACCACUGCUGCUCAGGCUAUCUCAGGUUUCUUUGUAUGGACAGCUUUGCUCAUCACCUGCCAUCAGAUCUACAUGCACCUCCGCUGCUACAGCUGCCCCAACGAGCAGCGCUACAUCGUUCGCAUCCUCUUCAUUGUGCCCAUUUAUGCCUUUGACUCCUGGCUCAGUCUCCUGUUCUUCACCAAUGACCAGUACUAUGUUUACUUUGGCACAGUGCGGGACUGCUAUGAAGCCUUUGUAAUAUACAACUUUCUCAGCCUCUGCUAUGAGUACUUGGGAGGGGAGAGCUCCAUCAUGUCUGAGAUCAGAGGGAAACCAAUUGAGUCCAGCUGUGUGUAUGGGACUUGCUGCCUGUGGGGAAAGACAUAUUCAAUUGGAUUCCUGAGAUUCUGCAAACAGGCUACCCUGCAGUUCUGUGUGGUGAAGCCCCUCAUGGCCAUCAGCACAGUCAUCCUUCAGGCCUUCGGCAAGUACCAGGAUGGUGACUUUGAUGUAACCAGUGGCUACCUCUAUGUGACGAUCAUCUACAACAUCUCUGUCAGCCUGGCACUGUAUGCCCUCUUCCUUUUCUACUUCGCCACACGUGAGCUGCUCAGUCCCUAUAGCCCAGUCCUCAAGUUCUUCAUGGUGAAGUCUGUCAUCUUCCUGUCCUUCUGGCAAGGGAUGCUGUUGGCCAUCUUGGAAAAGUGUGGUGCCAUCCCCAAAAUCCACUCUGCUAAUGUGUCUGUGGGUGAAGGCACAGUGGCUGCUGGCUAUCAAGACUUCAUCAUUUGUGUGGAGAUGUUCUUUGCAGCCAUUGCCCUGCGCCACGCCUUCACAUACAAGGUGUAUGUGGACAAGAGAAUUGAUGCCCAAGCUGUUCCAUCAUAUGGGCCAUACGGUCGCUGUGCUCCCAUGAAGAGCAUCUCCAGCAGCCUCAAGGAGACCAUGAAUCCCCAUGACAUUGUCCAAGAUGCGAUCCACAACUUCUCUCCAGCCUACCAGCAGUACACGCAGCAGUCGACGCUGGAGCACGGGCCGCCCUGGCGCAACGGCAGCCACGUGAUCUCGCGCUCCCACAGCUGCUCCGGGGCCCGUGACAACGAGAAGACCCUCUUGCUGAGCUCUGAUGAUGAAUUCUAGGAGGGGAAACUGCCAGCACAGGCUGUCGUGUUCCUUCUUUUUUUUUUGUUUUUUUAAUAAUUUAUUAAUGCAGAAAUACACAAGUCAUAUCACUUCCUAGAGAGUAAAGAUUGCAGAAGUGAGCACUUCCCAUUAGCUUUUGUGGGUACGGACACAAUGAGCAAUGUGGAGGUGGCAGAAUGGCCAGGACUCCAUGCUCGAGCCCAUUCCUUAUGGCAGCAAUCAAACUGAAUUGAUUCAAGCAAAGCUCCAGGGUUUGGGGCUCUGGCUUCCCACACCUGCCCAGCUUGGUGUGGAGUGUGACUGACUGGAGCCUAGAGUUGUAGCCAAAAAUGUUCUUGAUUUUUUUCUAACAGGACAACCUGACUGCUUUCUAUUUCUUUUCCUGAAUGGUUUAUUUAGGCACAGUUUUCUCUCCAGCUCCCUGGUACUAACAUCUCUGUGAUCCUUGGGAAAUAGGAUGGGGAUGCAGCCAUAAGCAUUCCUGAGGACCACACCAGAGACUGGUCUUUCUAAAUAGCCAUUGCCCUGAGUGCUAAGUAAGGAACAUCUGUCCCUACCCUCCUGAGCACCUGGUUGUGGGUCCUGGAGUCAUUGAGGGAGCGAAGAAAGGGGAAAAGGACAGAGCUGUGUGUUCCUGGGCUCCCUGCAUCUCAAGUUGCUAUAAAAGCUUGUUGAAGCUCAGUGGGGACAGAAUUAUAUUUUCACAAGGGUGGAGUUUUUUAAUCACCAGGUGUCCAAGCUUCCCAUCUCCCUGGCGUUCCUGUGGCAGGAAGCCUCCCUGGAGCAUCUUUCUCCUGCUAACAAGACUGAGGACUGGCUAUGGUAGAUGGUGAAAGUUUGUAGAGCUCUGGCCCCUUCACCCCUCUUUGGGAAGGGAAGAUAUGUAAACACAAAAUCAGUCUUUCUUCUUGUUUCCUGUCCCCCAUCAUCACAUCUGCCCCUGUAAGAGGUAGGUGCCAGAGCAGGUCCUGGUCUCUCACAGGUAGCUCUUCCCAUGCUCAUCAUCACUGACUUCCUCUGAGCUACAGGAGUUUUACCCUUAGGCUGGAAUAUUCAGGAAGGAACGUUGCACACUCCUUUGUUUUUUAUCUCUGUAGCUAUUCUGGGGCAGACUGGAGCAGACUUGAAACCUGACAUGACCUGGCUGGUCAAAUUUGUCUCUUUUAUUUUCUCAGGCAGCAAUUGCUGCUGCUGCUGCUGCACAUUUCACAGGCUCUGCUGUACCUGCAGUGCUAUAAAGGGUGGAACCAGCGUCCAUGAAAGUGGGAGAAGCAUCCCCUUGCUUCUGUUGGGUUUUGGAUGAACCCAUGAGUACUUAGUGGAGCCAAAACAAAAGUGAUCCCUCUGUAGAUCUAUCCAGGGACCAUGAAAUGCCUCUUGCUUGCUUAAAAUUUUCUAGGAGAAAAGUAGGCAGCACACUCAAGUGCUACAGCUCAGAUGCUCCUACCUGCAAGCAGGAAACAAAAUUGAGAGACUGGAGCAAGCUGCUGUGUUCAGCUGUAGUUUCUCUGUUCCUCUCCUGCUUUAUGCCUCCCCUGUCAAGAGCAGACCUGGGUGAUUCUGGAUUGCUCCUUGCUGUCCUGCCAGGAGAACUGGAGUCUGGUUUGCCACCUGGAGUUUACCUUUCCAUUUGUUUCUUGAUCCAUUUGCUUGUUCAUUGAGUGUCUCAGAAGCAACAGUGAGUGAAGAGCACCUCAUUUAUUCAGCACCUCUGCCCAAGUUGGGCAAAAAGGCUUGAAGAGAGGCAGGUUUGCUCUCUGCUGUGAGCAUUAGAUAGGGAAAAGCUUAAGGAUAGUGCCUCCUCCUGUACUGAUGUUUCUGGGAGAUAGCGAAGCAGGUGAGAGCAGCAGUACUGUUGAGGGAGCUGGAGGGAGGGUCAGUGGAUCCAGCAGCUUCUCUCUGCUGGAUUUCCCCAUUCACACACAUCCUGCAAUGCCAUGCUGUUGGUUAUUAAUUUUCCUAAGUUUGUGACUGCUUCAUUAGACAUGCAAACACAUUCUGCCAGGCUUUGUGUGGGCUUGGUGUAAAAUUUCCUCAUGCAUAAGCUGCUGGAAAGCAGGGCUGAAGGUUGAACAGACUUUGCUUCUGUUUUCUAUGGUUUUGAUUAAUAUUCCUUUAAUGUGAGAUACUGAUGUUACUCUCUCUCACUUAGGAAAGUGGGACAUGAGACAUGAUCCCAUACUCCCCUUUUUUUGCAUUUGCAGGCCUUGAUGUCCCAGUAUCACUUGGUGACUGCCCCCAAUCUUUGUUGCAUUUGGGUGGCUGGAAUCUGUGUGAUUGCCCCAUUGAGCAUGGAGGUGGUCCAGGCUUAGAGAAACAUGUCUUAGAACUUAUUUUGAAAUGUCUCCUGCAUACAUACAUAUAUAUAUAUGUGUAUGUGUGUGUGUAUAUAUAUAUAUGCACUGUGCAGAGGUUCUGGAUAUUCUUAAAGCAUCCUGUGUGUAAUGGUUUCAAGUAUAAUUCUUUUGAACCAGCUGCCUUCAGAGGAGCCUGGUGAGCUAGUACUCACCAGCCCUACUUUAUAAUUUUAUAAAUAUAUAUAUAUGUUUUUUAACACCACACAAAAUCAUCCAUCACUGAGCUUCCUGCUCUUCCUUGUGUCCGGCAAGUGCCAGAGCAAGCACUGGCUCUGAAGCCACUUUGUGUUGGAGGAACAAAUAUGAGAUCCAGAGCUUGAGACCAAAAAGGCCAAGGCAUCCAUGGUCUUGUUGGUCUGCUCAAGGUAGCCCAGGACCCAGGAAAUGUGCCAGUUCCAGGAGCAGACCCUUGGAGCUGCUCUCCCUCACCUGCUUCCGCUCUCCUUCCUUCCUUCCUUUUUUGUUUACUAUGUAACAUACCCAUGGGAUUUGUUUAUUAUUUUUCCAUAUAGAGUAGUUCUUUGUAUAUAAAUGACUGAAAAAAAAAGUAUGAUAAAUAAGACAGAGUCACCUAGUUUUGUACCUAUUGUGUUUAACUGAUGUGAGCUCAGCGACAAGCCGCUCUCUAUUUUGGUCUUUGUGACGUUAUACUCCGCAGAAAUGAGCAAAUAUGAUGACAAAUAAAAAUAUAGAGAUAAUAUAGAUUGUA